AAUAAAUUUCGUAAAGUCCAAAAAUCAUAUCAAACAUUGUAGAUUUUCAAAAGACAACGAACCAACCACAAACGAAAGAGCUGCGUGUUGGUGUACACCAUGAAGUGAGCAUGAUUUUCCUAUUCUACCACUUUAGUGCAAUCCUGCUUGUGAGUUUAAUUCUCAAUCGCAAAAAAUUUAUUCCGCCUUCCAUUAACUUCCGAUUUCAGCUACCAGCACAGGCGCUGCCUUACAGCCCCUGGCUAUCAACUCAGCGCUAUGGCCCGCUCUACGAAGGCGUGAAGCUUCUAAUCGCAGACGCCGAAUUUCAAGCAGAGCUGACCUUCAACGAAACCGAGUAUCAGCUUAACGAAGCUGUCAGCGCCAUGCAUGAGAUGCAGUCGCCAAUCACCGAAUACGAACACUUGAUUGGAGAACGUCUUCACGCCAUGCUUGCCAAUUCGCGUCCGACUGAAGCCCACAAACACUGCUACCAUCAGCACGAGCUCGCCAUUGCAACUUUGGACCGUGAACUUCUGGAGAAGCGACGUAGCUGUAAGCGUAUGUUGGAGGUUAGUUUGACUGCGUUGAAGAAUGAGGCUAAUAGUGAGAUUCAUUUUAUACGAAGCGCUGCUGCGGAAGCUCGCAAUAUGGUUGGCGCUUGCAAUGUGGCUGCGCUGAAGCGGCGUAAUAGUAACAUCGAUCAGGUGGGCAUAGCAAUGUGUGUUGUUGGACGGAUUGGUGCGCUUAAUCAGCGACUCUUUGAAGCAUCACAAAAUUUUUUCGAUGAAAUCGCCGCUGUGAUGCUCGAUGGAGAUAAUGUAGAUGACGUAGGUGACAGUUGCGGUGACUUCGAUGAAUUGCGCCAACAAUUCGAAAGAGUUUAUGCUGAUAUCAGUAAUUGUAUUGCGCGUGGCGGCUCAUAAAUUAUGAAUAUA